GUAAACUGGCUUAUGAUGUGGGUCGAGCAAUCCAGGGCACGGGUUGGCGUCCCAUACCCACAUUUCAAGCAGGACGGAGAACGCAGGUAUAGUUGAAAGAUGUCCAAAGGAUAAAUUAGUUUGAUUGAAAAAGAUUAGUGCCCCUAUCUUUGAGGAGGAGUUGAAUCGAAGCCACGGUCGCGCGUCGCAGAGAUUUAUGCCCCUAUCCGGUCCCCCACUGUUCACGGCCACGUCCACCACGCCCCAUCGUCUCCAAAUCUCCAUUGUGAGUCUUAAAGCUUAAAGGUGGAGAAGGUAAAAUCCAUCCAAAGCGCGACACACUGUCGAAAGAAAAAGUCCCCAACGCACUUCCUUCCGGGCUCCCUGUCGAAAGAAAAAGUCCCCAAAUCAAAGUUGUAAAGGUGAAAGGGGAUCCCACUGUCUCUUUCCCCGCUCCCACCGCAGGGUGACCCAGAAGAGCUAGAAGGGGAUUAGAAUAAGAACCCGCAAAAGAAGAAAAGUAGGGGAUAGAGAGAGAGAGAGAGAGAGAGAGAGAGUAAACCCUAGUCGAUGGGCAUCUCUAGAGCCCAACACCACCACCGCCACCGCCACUCUUCCUCUCCUCCCCGAAACUCCAGAACCCCAUUCCCACUCGUUACCAUAACCUUAACGAUUCUCCUCCCCGCCGUGGCGGGUGACCUCUGCACCCUGGUCUAUAAGGGCUGCGCCAACCAGACCCUCUCCGGCAGCGGGGCAGCCUACAUGCAACCCCUCGCCGCCCUUUCCUCCGCACUCACCGCGCGAGCUGCCGCUGCCAAGUUCUACAAAACCACCACCUCCUCGGCCGUCGGCGGCCAGCCCCUCUUCGGUCUCUUUCAAUGCCGCGGAGACCUCUCCCCCUCCGACUGCUCCGCCUGCGUCGGCUGCGUGCUCCCCAUGUGGACGUCCCUCUGUGGCCCCGCCGCCGCUGCCCGUGUCCAGCUUAACGGGUGCUACGCCCUGUACCAGGUUUCCGGCUUCCCGCAGGUCUCCGGCACCCAGAUGCUCUACAAGGCAUGCGGCUCCGGCGGCGGCGGUGGCGGCUUCGAGGUGAAGCGCGACACGGCCUUCGCCCAGCUCCAGAGCGGUGUCGCCGGCGGCCAGGGGUUCUACGCCACCAGCUACGCCUCCGUCUACGCCAUGGCGCAGUGCGAGGGCGACCUCUCCGCCGGCGACUGCAGCGAGUGCAUCGCCCAGGCGGUCCAAAAGUCUGAAGUGGAAUGCGGCGGCGCCGCCUCCGGCCAAGUCUACCUCGACAAAUGCUACAUCAGCUACAGCUAUUACGCCAAUGGCGUUCCCCACGGAGGCGGCGGAGGAGGCGGAGGAGGCGGCGGCGGCGGCGGAGGGGGGCAAACAGAGAAAACAGUGGCCAUAGUGGUGGGAGGGGCAGCAGGGGUUGGAUUCUUGGUGAUCUGCUUGCUGUUUGCCAGGAGUGUAAUGAAGAAGAAGGAUGAUUUUUGAGGACUGGUGGUGCCAGGAAAGCAACAGAGGAGUAAUUGUUGGGAAUUUGGCUAUGGAGAGGGAAAGAUGUCCUUGUGAAACAUUGGGCUUCAGGGACAGGAGGGAUGGAGUGGAUGUUUGUCCCUUUGGUAAGAGUUGAUGGAAUGCUGAAGAGGCCCGCCCUCCCUUUGGCUGCUUCCUUUCUUCGCAUGGGUGUCAUCCACCAUGUGAGGGAGAGAAUAAUGUGUCGGAUCCGAUCUGCGCUGACUCCCUGUAAGGAGAUGCUCUUUGUUUCAUCAUCAUCAUUAUGUACAUCUGCCUCUGGGUAGGGAGGGAUGUAUGUAACCCUAUACAGAUUCAAGGGAAUAUUCUCGACAGAAAACAUAGGCUGGAUAACCUUCA